UGUGCGUAGCCGCGCGUGUAUGGCGGUUAACGUUUUCCUAUGCGUUUUACCGGCAAAUUAGGCAAAGUUGUGGUAAAUAUAUGCAUGUUGGACUUUGUCGACAGUUACCCAUUUCUCUUUGUUUCAUAGUUUUCGUUCAAGUAGCUAGAUGCCAUGGAAGCAGGACAUGCAGAGAGUUUGCAGCAGAAGAAAUGUACUGCUAAUCCAAAGCAGACUUCUGCUAAACUAGAAGAGAAAAAAGUUCGCAGUGAGGCAGUACACUUGGGAAAACAAGUAUUACCUAGCUGCGCAGAUGAUUUACAAAAUGCUAAAGAUUCAAAAGAGCGUAAUGUUGACCAACGGGGAAAGUGUGACGCCAAAAUCUGCGAUGUUGCGUCCGUCGGCCAAAAUGUGCAACCGUUGCGAGACAGCAAAUCGAAAGCGCUGCUCGAACACGAAAUAGCUCAGAAGAAGAAAAUCAUAGGCACAAUCAACUUGUCUACCCUUCCAGACAAAGGGGAGAGACUUAAAAAUCAGAUCAAACAGCUCGAAGCUCAACUGUCCACUCUUUCACUGGAACGUGUGGCUGGGCAACAACCAAGUUCUUCGCCCGAAGAAGACAAGAAACAAAAGAAGAGCGACCCUGCUGUGUCAGCACAGCCUCUUAAACCCACAGCAAAGACAUUGUCACCUCAUAAGGAAGAAAAUGUAGAUGGCCUUCCAGAACAACGGUUACAGACGUCGCCAUAUUGGAGCAUCUACAAGAAAGGUGUAAAAUUAGUUUCUCCAAUGCCACUUAAAAAGGCUGCUACUACUGUACCACGUCCAGUGGUGUCAAACACGAUUGGUACCAGGGUUGUAAGCCUUCAGGCUGACUCUGAUGAACAUCUGAAAAAGUUUGUUCUGAGUUUGGAGACCCAACCUCGAGAAGAUGAUGAAUUUGAGCAACCGGAAGGAGUGAAAACUCUCCUUCUGACACACCAGAAGCAAGCACUUUCUUGGCUAGUGUGGAAAGAGGCGCAAGACCCACCUGGUGGCAUCCUUGCUGAUGGCAUGGGCCUUGGCAAAACUCUCACCAUGCUCGCUCUGAUCCAGCUGCAGCUUUCCAAAAGGAAAACUGCGCAACCGAAAUCGGUAAAUCCCGAGGGUGGAAGAGGAAAAUCUGAUGUUCUGGAGUCUCUUGGUACACUUGUUAUAUGUCCCCUGUCGCUUCUUCAUCAAUGGGUAGGGGAAGCAAAGACACACCUCUCUGCUACCUGGUCCGUACAUGUGUACCAUGGGAAAGGUCGAGGAGUGCGCCACGACGAGUUGGUUGGACAUGACCUCGUCGUUACAACUUAUGACACCGUCAGCAGUGAGUGGGCGCGGGCCACUGCUGCUGGAAGAGGGUUAGCCCCGCUCUUCUGCGUGCAUUGGGAAAGGAUAGUGCUCGAUGAAGCACACUGUAUUCGGAACCCCAACACGAAGCGCGCAAAGGCCGCGUGCGCCCUACGUGGCCGCCACCGCUGGGCUGUCUCUGGAACUCCCGUUCACAACGAUGUUGGUGAUGUGCGCUCCUUGUUGAAGUUCCUGCAGUGUGCACCAUUUGACGACGAUGUUUUCUGGAAAUCGUGGAUGAAGAAACAUCCAGCUCCUGAAAGCUUGACCGUGGUAAUCAAGUGCCUCCUCUUGCGUCGGACAAAGGAGAAGAAAGGCAAGGAUGGCAAGCCUCUGGUGUCACUGCCGGAGAAGACGAUUCUCGUCCGCAAGUUGCAGCUUCGAGGAAUCGAGAAAGACAUCUACGACGACAUGCAGAAGUGGUCGAUGUCUAGCGGCGUCGAGAAGUACGUCGAUCCAGUUACAAAGCGAGAGCUGUACAGGAAUACUGGGUCGCGGUUCUUUGUGAUGCUGAUCCGUUUGCAGCAGGCCUGCUCACAUCUGUCAUUGCUGCGGAAGAAGGCACUGGACGACGUUGCCGUGGACGAAGACAGCUUCCUGGCGGACUGCAUGUCAAGCCUGAACAUUAGUGAAGAUUUAUCCAGCAGCGUAGCAACGGCAGAUAACCUGGGAGCUAUGGGGUUGGAGAAGUAUGAGGGUCGACCCGAGUUUGAACGGGCAUUUACAAGUUGCAAGAUCAAAGCCCUCCUGGAUAGCUUAACCAAAGUGAUGCUGGAUACCGGUGACAAGUGCGUGGUUGUGUCAAAAUGGACAUCGAUGCUCGACCUUGCACGAGAGCACAUCGAGAAGUCUGGUUUCCGGUGCCUCGUCAUCCAGGGCAACGUGAAUGCUGCAAAGAGGGCGGAGAACGUUCGAAGCUUUAACUACGACAAAAACGGCCCGAGGGUACUGCUCCUCUCCCUCGAUGCCGGUGGUGUGGGCCUCAACCUUAUCGGAGGUAACCACAUGUUCGUACUGGAUGUUCAUUGGAACCCUGCUCUCGAACUGCAAGCCUUCGACCGUGUCCACCGUGUCGGCCAGGAGAAGCCUGUCACAAUAAACAGGUUUGUGUGUACGGGCACGAUCGAAGAAAAGAUCUUGGAGCUCCAGCGGUACAAAGAACGGCUGGCUGAAAGUGUGGUCGGCAAGCGGAAAAUCACGAUGGAGGAUUAUAAUUUCUUGUUUGGCAUCGGUGCCAACAGAUGACGUCAGUUGGCCUAGUUUUUCAACUGCUAUAUUCAUUCAGCCGUCACGGCACUGCAAGCGACGGAUGCAUGCCAGCAGCCUUACGUCACGGAAACAUUGUUCUAUCAGCACUGUGCAGACAGGCCCGUUGGGUUCGAUAUAGCAUUUACGUUUUGCAUUUGCGUUGCAAGCAAACGCUGUUCCAAACCUCCCUAUUGCUCUUAUUGUUCAUUUCCUUGUGCACUUUGACACCAGGAUGGUAAAUAUGCAGUCUUUGUUUUUUAUAGUGGCAGCUGUCCUAGUGCCAUUCUUACUUUUACCCACUAUGCCACGGGCACAGGUUAGGCAUGUGUGUGCAUUGUGAAGACCUCAGGUGAAAUAUCAAAAUAAGGAAUAAAAAUGAUGCAGGACAUGCAGAGAAGGUAUUGGCAAGUACAGGUGAACAGCAUUGUGCGUAUCAGGUGUAGAGUUAUUGCCAUACCAGUUAUUGUGGGAACGGUCGUGUAGAAGCUUGCAGAACAAAAACAGCUUGUUUAUGACGUACGAAAUCUUUAAUAAUGCAAUUG